UCAGGGCUCCCGGUGCCGGGGGUGGAACGAGGAGUCGCCGGUCUGUGGCGGGCUCUGGGGCCCUGCGGGUGGGGCUCGUCCUGCCCCUGGGCUCGUCCUGCCCCCGGGCUCCCUCGGAGUUUGGAGGGGAGGUGAUGCUCUGAUAUGCUUGGAGGAAGAAGCGGCAGAAUCGAGCUUGUAAAACACCCGUCUGUUCUGCGAAGAAGUUGGUUUAGGACAUUUUUAACCUGGUAUUUGUUGUGUGCUUUGUCCAGUGUCAGGGGUUCUGCAGUUGCCAAAAUAGUAGGCAAUAAUGUAAAAAAAUUGCAGAAGUUUGCUUCCACAGUGAAGAUGUGGGUCUUCGAGGAGAAUAUUAAUGGGAGAAAACUGUCAGAUAUCAUAAAUAAAGAACAUGAAAAUGUAAAGUAUCUCCCUGGACACAAGCUGCCAGAUAACGUGGUUGCUGUCCCAAACCUUAAUGACGCUGUAGAGGAUGCAGACUUGCUGGUUUUUGUCAUUCCUCAUCAGUUCAUUCAUAAAGUCUGCGAUGAAAUGACAGGACGAGUACCCAAGAAAGCGCUCGGCAUAACUCUUAUAAAGGGAAUAGAUGAAGGCCCUGGGGGACUCAGACUGAUCUCUGACAUUAUUCGAGAGAAGAUGGGAAUAGACAUCAGUGUGCUGAUGGGAGCUAACCUUGCCAAUGAGGUGGCAGCAGACAAAUUCUGUGAAACCACAAUAGGCAGCAAAAUCUUGGAAAAUGGCCUUCUUUUCAAAGAACUCCUGCAGACUCCAAACUUCCGAAUAACUGUAGUAGAUGAUGCAGAAACAGUUGAGCUUUGUGGUGCUCUGAAGAAUGUAGUAGCAGUAGGAGCUGGGUUCUGUGAUGGUCUUUGCUGCGGUGACAAUACCAAAGCUGCUGUUAUUCGCCUUGGCCUAAUGGAGAUGAUCGCCUUUGCCAAAAUAUUUUGCAAAGGACAGGUCUCUACUUCCACUUUCCUGGAGAGCUGUGGCGUUGCUGAUCUCAUCACAACGUGUUACGGUGGCCGGAAUCGACGUGUAGCAGAAGCAGUCGUUAAAACUGGAAAGUCUAUUGAAGAAUUAGAGAAAGAAAUGUUGAAUGGUCAGAAACUGCAAGGACCACUGACUUCUGCAGAAGUGUAUCGCAUCCUGAAGCAGAAAGGAGUGCUGGAGAAGUUUCCGCUAUUCACGGCUGUGUAUCAAAUCUGCUAUGAAGGGAGGCCUGUCGGAGAGAUUAUAACCUGCCUUCAAAGUCAUCCAGAGCACGUAAAAAAUCAGUCAGGCUGUUGAAAUAAUGCAGCUUUCUGCCUUUCGAAUUUAUGUCUGGGUUCAAGUGGAUGUAUCUAUCAUUAAGCUUCGUUCAAAGCCACUCACUAGGCAACAGUAACAACAUGAAUGUCUCUGAAGAGGUAUUGUUUUGUGUUAUACAGCCUAGUUUGACACAGCAUGCAGUGUUGGCUUGGUGAUUGUCAUUUUACUGGCUAAAAUGCAACUGGUUUAAGAUAUGCAGUACAAAAGUUGCACUACAUACCUGGUUUAUAUACACAAGUGUACUUUUGAGUGUGUUCCUACACCAUAAAAUACAAGGUUUUGUUGUCUCUGGACACUGUGGGAAGAAUCCCACUGGUUUUGAUCAGAGACUGAAUCAAGCCUGUAACCUUGAAAUAUUGGAAAUGUUUCUAUUAGAACUUGGUUUUAUUUGUAUAUGCAGUUAAAUUUUAACCUUUUGCAUGCUUAUGAUUAUAUUAAUUUAAGCAAUGUUAGUGCAAAACAAGUUAUAGCAGUUAUUCAGGGGGCUACAGGGAUAUUUUAAUGAAAUCAAAUGAAGAAUAUUUUGAUUUUUGAAAGUUGUUAAAACCGUCAGGUUGUUUUGAAGCCAAUUUCUAGGUGAAUUUAAAGGUUUUAAUUACACUGUUUUAAAGGGAAUAUUCUAGAGGGGGAUCAUUACCUCCCCUUCUGUUUUUUAAUCCUUGCAUUUUUAUAUUUCUCAGUUUUUCCCUGACUGUUCCUGGGUGUUAGGCUCUUCUAGAAUCCCAUUCCCCAAAGCAAGCCAGAGAUGUUGACCUGAGGGUUCUGAACCCUGGAGCCUGUGGUUCAUUUUAGUGUUGUACCUGCGGUUGUUCUUCACUGGCAUUUUUGGGAGGAUGGGGAAGGAUACUCUUGGGUAUCCACUGCUCCGAAUUGUUCUGCUGGGUUUCUAGCUAAGCUGCAAAGUGUUGCACUCCACAGAACACUCCAAGGAAUGCUAGAGGAAUUCCGUGGUAUGUCAUGCUUGUGUAGUCAGAAGGGUUGUGUGCCAGUAGGAUGACUGCAUUCAUUUCAGUGCCUGCCAGUGACUGACACGUCAACUGGACUGAAGUCCUGAUCCAGCCUCCCCAGUUCUGAAGUUACUCUUUCACUGGACGAAAUUUCAACGGGUGCUGAAAUCCUUUAUGACCCAUCUCCCAGAAAACUUCUCAAAGGCAUCUGUCUCUUUUAUUCCCCAGGUAUCUCAACUGGUUGGUUUUUUUUCAGACACCUUUGCUGUAUCAGGGAGGAUAAUUUUGGUUCUGGAAAAUUUGUGAUUUUAUGAAGUUUAGGGGUGGGGUUGGCUUGGUUGGUCUUUUUUUUUUUACCUUUUAAGGUUGAUGCAAGAGAAGAUGGAUUAAAAAAACCUGUUUUGCUUUUCUUGUGUACUAAAGUCUGGGUGGUUGUUUUUUUUUUUGUGAAACAUAUGCUAGGUACAUAAAGAGAGGACUCAUUUUUCCAGCUGGUAGACAAGGGUUGACAUCAGGAUUUACAGAACAAGAAUGUCCAUCUGCUCUGAAUAUCCAAUCCUAACGUCUGAGCAGUAUCAGAGCUGUUUUUCAUUGUUCUCAGUGGCAUUUUUAGACCAGAAGUCAUGAGCACGAACGCAAUCAAUUUUGUCAUUCAAAACUUGCUAAAACACAGGAGAUGCCUGGGAAUAAUUGUCAUACUUAGGUAGCCUGGAUUACUCUGAACAAGGCAAGCAUUAGGGCAGCUUUCUGUAGGCAGGAAGAUGCUUCAGCUCAGGGGUACCAUUUUUGUGCUCCUAUAUUGUUUUGCAUUAAUUUUUGGGAGAUCUCACGAAUGUCCUCAGAUAUUCAGGAAUGUCAAAAGUUCUUUUGCCUUACUUCUGAUUUAGUGCUAAAUAUAACAGAUGGCCAGAAGUUAAGUAACGUCAGAUGUUUGUGGCAGUUGGGAACAUCACUGGUAGAGCUGACUUGGAGCAAGCACUCUGCUUAGGCAUUUAAGAGGAAGUUUUGAGGUUGGAAGCACUGUUAACUAACGCACACAUGGAGCAUACACUCCUCAUUACUGCAUAACUUUCAGUGUGUUUUCUUAUGCUUUGUUUUGUUUUGUUUUGGGUUUUUUUAAUACCAAAUUGAUUGGCUUUUCCUUUAAUGUGUACAUACACAUUAUAUAUAUAAACUUUUUUUUUACAUGCAGUAUAUAGAACAGUAGCAUUUUGUAAGAUACAUAAAGGGCUAUAUAAGCUAAAUGUGGUAAAUUAAUAUAUAUUUUUAAAUUAUUUCUUUAUUAUUCCAAUACUACUUCUACCACUGAAACCCCCAAAUCUUAAUUGUUCUUGUUCUUAUACAGAAGCCUAUAUUCUAAGGCAAAUCCAGAGAAAAAGUUUUUAUGGAAUUCUUUCCUCCAGUCUGUUAUGAUAUUCUUGGUUUUUUUCAGACAAAAAGUGAGGUUUCAGUAACUAAAAUAGUUUAUUUUAAUUUCUAUAGAUAGUUCACCAUUUGCGUUUGCUCUUUAGUGCUUGAGAACACUCAGCUUGGCACUGGGUAUUUUCCCCCCACUAAUACUUCCUAUUCAUUAAAAAACUGUGAUAUGGUACUGGAACUGAAUGAUUAGAGUCCUGUUUUACAAACACUCUGUUUUGCCUAGUACUGGGAUAGUCUUACUGAAAACAUUAACCCCUGUGUAAGGGGUCAUAAAUUUGUAACUAAUUCUUGGUUUACGAACAUUCAUUAUUAAGGAAGACAUUACAUUCUAAUGAUACUUACUCAGCUUGCCCUAGACAUAUGUACUGGUCUUGUUCAAGGAUGUUGAAUGUACACCUGUUUGAAGAGUACAAAUAAACAUGUUUGUCUUGGGAAUCA